AACCUGCACACUGCCAUAAAGUUGUUUAAAAACACGAAAACAAUGGCGACUGACAGGCCGUAUCACAUUGUUAUUUUCGGUGCUACCGGCUUCACCGGACAGUUUGUGGUGGAAGAGGUGGCACGGUGUGCAGCGGAGGGUACUGGCCUUCUGAAAUGGGCCGUGGCCGGCAGAAGCAGACCGCGCUUGGAGGACGUGCUGAGACGAACCGCGGAGAAGCUGGCGAUGCCGGAGCUGAGGACAGACAUUGAAAUCAUUGUUGCGGAUGUGUCUGUCGAGGAGUCGCUGGCCGUCAUGUGUCAGCAAGGUGUGGUGAUUCUCAACUGUGUUGGACCAUACAGGUUUUAUGGAGAGCCAGUGGUCCGAGCUUGCAUAGAGAAUGGAGCUCACUACUUGGACAUCUGCGGGGAGCCUCAGUUCCUGGAGCGCAUGCAGCUGGAGUAUCACAGUAAAGCCUUGGACAGAGGAGUGUAUGUGAUCGGCAGCUGCGGCUUUGACUCCAUUCCAGCCGAUCUGGGUAUUAUCUACACACAGAGGCAGUUCAAAGGAACUCUGACAGCAGUGGAGAGCUUCCUGGACAUUAUCAGUGGACCUGAGGGCACGUCUGGCCACGACGCCACCUGGCAGUCUGCAGUUUACGGCUUCGCAGACAGCGGGUCCCUCCGCCAGCUGAGGAAGAAGUUUGGCCACAAGCCGCUGCCGCGUGUUGGAGCCAAAGUGGAAAAGAGAGGUUUUCUGUUUUUCAGUAAAGAGAUGCAGCAGUACGUCAUCCCCUUUAUGGGAUCGGACCCUUCCGUUGUUCGGAGAACCCAACGUUUCCUUUAUGAGGAGCAGCAGCAGUCGCCAGUCCAGUACAGCGCCUUCGUUGGCGUCGGCGGCCUCCUCUCUGUGAUCAAGCUCCUGUGCGGCGGCCUCCUCUUCUGGGUCAUGGUCAAAUUCAGCCUGGGAAGGAAACUGCUCACUACAUUUCCAUCAUUCUUCUCCUUUGGUUUGUUCUCCAAAGCCGGUCCAACUACAAAACAGAUUGUGGACACCUGCUUCAGCAUGACGUUCUACGGGGAGGGCUACUCGGAGGGGACGGACCCUGCCGAGGGACGGCCCAACGCCAAGAUCUGCACACAGGUUGUGGGCGCAGAACCCGGUUACGUCGCCACGGUUUCCGCCUUGGUCCAGUCGGCCUUCACGGUGCUGAACGAGCUGCACUCUCUCCCCAGGAGGGGAGGAGUUUACACACCCGGAGCGGCCUUCUGCCAGACCGGCCUGAUCGACCGGCUCCACAAUUACGGCAUCAAGUUCUCAGUGAGAAGCAGGCAGGAGGAGGCUGCUGGAGCUCCCACCUCCAUGUAGACUGGAAACAUCACAGCCUCAUGCUCCGCUUCCUAAAAUCAGCCUUUAAAAACUUCUCACAUGAUUGUUUUCUGUAUAAAAUCUCUUCACAAAACGAUCAAAUAUUGACAGUUCUGACUGCUGUCUCAGUCUUAGUGUUUUUUCUUUUCUCCCUUCUUUUGCUUCUCCUGUUGUCCACUAUCUCCUGUCAUUGUUCUGUAGACGACAGCCAAGUCGAUGUUCCUCAGAAACAGAAGGAUGAAUACUCGGUUACACCUCGACUUCAUUAAUUCCUGGGUAGCUCAAUUUAAAAAAAAAAAGAAUUGUCCCCGUGGUUCCUGUCGUUCACUUCUGGUCUGGAGGACUGUGGUUCUCGUCACUUCGGAGUCGGCCAGUCUUCCCUCUCACGUCUCCAGCUGGUUCAAAAUACAGCUGUGCGUCUUUUAACUGGAGAACGGAUGAGAGACGACACAACACCCACUGAGGCUUCGCUUCACUGGCGGCCUGUGUGUUUUAGGCCUUCAUUUUAAUCUUUUUUUAAUUUGUUUUGUUCGAUCCUUAAACGAUCCGGCUCCACCCGACCUUUCAGAGCUCCUGCUCGGUCUCUCAGGUCAGACGAUCGGCGUUCUUUUACUCACUGGCUCUCCACCCAGCAUGAGUAUAUUUCAUUGUUUUCAUGAUUUUUUUUUUUUUUUUAUUCCUGUUUGUUUAGUGUUCUAUAUUUAAAAUGUACAGCACUGUGUUCCAUCCAUGGUUGUAUGAAAGUGUUUAUAAAUAAAGAUGGUAUGGUAA